CGCCUGCUCAGUGUGACCGUCUGUGUUUCUCCUUCACAGUGCCCCGCUGCUGCAGUGACCAGCGCUCACAAACUCUGCACACUCCGCCACACAAAUACAGACAUGACAGAGAAAAAAGUGGAGAGUGUGGUGCAGGAGGACAAGACAGGAAAAGACAUGCAGGCAGAGAACAAAGGCGAGUGUGUGACAUGUCAACACCACGCACACAAGGGACAUGGCACAAUGGCUGUCCCUCCUUCAUACUCAGACUUGGGGAAAUCUGCCAAAGACAUCUUCAAUAAGGGCUAUGGCUAUGGAGUCCUGAAGCUGGAUGUUAAGACCAAGUCCCAGAGUGGUGUUGAGUUUGCCACCUCUGGCUCCAACAACACAGACACAGGGAAGUCAGGAGGCCACCUGGAGACCAAGUAUAAAGUGAAGGAGCUGGGCCUCAACUUCAACCAGAAAUGGAACACAGACAACACUCUCACCACAGAAAUCACCAUGGAAGACCAGCUGGCUAAGGGUUUGAAGCUCGCUUUGGACACGUCGUUUGUGCCCAACACCGGCAAGAAGAGUGCCAAACUGAAGACUGCUUACAAGCGUGACUUUGUCAAUGUGGGCUGCGACCUGGACUUUGACAUGGCCGGUCCCACCAUCCAUGCAGCUGCUGUGCUGGGCUACGAGGGCUGGCUGGCUGGCUACCAGCUGGCUUUUGACACUGCCAAAUCUAAACUAUCCCAGAACAACUUUGCCCUGGGCUACAAGGCCGGUGACUUCCAGCUUCACACCAACGUUAACGACGGCACAGAGUUUGGCGGCUCCAUUUACCAAAAGGUGAACAGCAACAUGGAGACAGCGGUCCACCUGGCCUGGACAGCCGGAAGCAACAACACGCGAUUUGGUAUUGGAGCCAAAUACCAGCUGGAUAAGGACGCCUCUCUGUCUGCCAAAGUUAACAACGCCUGCCUCGUUGGAGUUGGAUACACACAAACUCUCAGGCCUGGAGUGAAGCUCACUCUCUCAGCUCUGGUUGACGGGAAGAACGUUAACGGCGGCGGACACAAGGUCGGCAUGGGUUUCGAGCUGGAGGCAUAAAGAUGCUGCGGUGAAGACAGACAGGAAGAGAGGAAAGCAACAUAAGAGAAGAAUAAAGAGCCCAAAUGUGACAACACCUCAAUGGUCCACUCAGCGACACUUAAACACAUCUUCCCUCUGAGUCCUACACACACACACACACAGAUACAUGCACGCAGACACAGUCCACACACACACACAUUCUUUGGCCUUAACCUUGCAAACCUAAGACCUCCAGUACCAUUAUUUUAAAAAGGAAUCAAGCAUCAUUUUGUGUUAGUGAUUUUUCCAUUUUCCACUAUUUACAGAUUCCACCACCAAUUCUGGACUAUGUAUACAGAAUACAGCAGCCAAGUCAUGAGUGAAUGAGAUUCAAAGCACCCUCUUAUUUUAACUGUGUGGUCAGCUCAGUUUGUUCAGAUAUUUUUGGGUUUUAGACAUAAUAAUUAGAUUAUUAGAGGAUGUGUGUUUUGAUAGAUUGUGGUUUUGUUGCAUGCUUUCAAGGCUGGAGGGAAGUUUUUGACUUUUCGUUGUCACAUUGACAAGUACAGUGACUGUAAAUGGAUGCAGUAAAAGCUGAAGAGACCGCAGCAAAACAGACAAAGAGUGGCUGAUCCUUCUCAGCCUUUGACUCUAGCAUUUAACCUCAGUAACACAGCUGUGAACUGUGAACCUUCAGUUGCCUAAAUUUCUAUUUUUCAGGUUCCUGUUUGGUAAAAAAAAAAAAAAAAAAAGGGUCGAUGGCAGUUUGGAGCUCUGUGUCACCUCUUUGUCUCGUUUUGUGACCUGUACCUGUUCAACCUUCACCACUACAUUUCACUUUACCUGUGCUGUGCUUUGUAUAGGAAAGUUAGCCAACAGUUAGGACCUCAAAUGAUUUUAUUGAAUUAAUGGAAUAAAGAAAUGUCAAACACUA